CUCUACUGAGACUACUACCGCCUCCUGCUCCACCGCUUAAAACCCUACCCAGACAAACACUUCCAUUUCUACCUCUUUGCUAUGGAGACCGGUUCGAAUUCCACUAGGAAAUCGACCAGAGGAAGGCCGAAGAAGGUUAUCGAUCUGACGGAGGAUGUUACUGAGGUUAUGGUCGAGGCUACUGGCAGUGCAGUUGGAAAUGAAAUGCCGGCCAAAAGGAAGGCUUCGUCGAACUCGGAUUCUAGCCGGAAGUCGAAGAGGGGAAGGCGGAAGGCGGUGGUAGAUUCGGCUGAAAAGGACUCGGAGUUGAACGAGCUUGCGGCGGCCGAGGAGGAAUCGGACGAUGUUGCUGGUGGAAACCUCAUGCUCAGCAAGGCUUCGCCGCCUGAGCGGAAACGGGUCACCACUAACGUCCCGAAUGACGAGGACAGCGAGUUUGUUGGGGGUCCGAUUCUGGAAGAGGAAGCCAAGCAGCGCUGGCCUCACCGCUACCAGAAGGGCACUGAGAAAUCAAAUGGUGUAACUAGGAGUAUAACAAGCCAAUAUGAAUCUGCUGGGGUACUUCAGGCUAAGAAACAUUAUACAGCAGCAAAAGUUGAUGGCCUUGUUUAUAAGCUUGGGGAUGAUGCUUAUGUUAAGGCUGGAGAGGGUGAAGAUAAUUACAUCUGCAGAAUUAUAGAAAUGUUUGAAGCAGUAGAUGGUGUACUUUAUUUUACAGCUCAAUGGUACUAUAGAGCCAAGGACACUGUUAUCAAAGGGUGUGAUGAGUUUGUUGACAAACAGCGUGUCUUCUUUUCUGAAGUUAAGGAUGAAAACACCAUUGAUUGCCUUGUUGACAAAGUCAAUAUUCAUCGCAUACCUUCCAAUGAUAAUUCCAAUUCAAGGGACAACAUAAAAGCUGAUUGUGACUUAUAUUGUGAUACAAUGUAUCUGAUACCAUGCUCAACAUUUUUGAACUUGCCACCUGAUGUUACAGCUUCUUCUAGUGAGUCCAAUUCUACAAUCUCCAGUGAGAUGGAUGUUGCAGAAUCUGCAGAAGCUAAAGAGGAUAGUUCUGAAAUGACUCUCCUGGAUAUGUAUUCUGGUUGUGGAGCAAUGUCUACUGGAUUAUGUCUAGGAGCUAAUAGUUGCGGUGUUAAUCUGGUUACUAAAUGGGCUGUUGAUUUGAAUCAGUAUGCAUGUGAAAGCUUGAGGCUAAACCAUCCAGAGACAAAUGUGAGGAAUGAGCCUGCUGAAGAUUUCUUGGCCCUUUUGAAGGAGUGGGAGCAGCUUUGUGUAUCUUGCUUGUUAAUAAAAGGAAACUGCUCCCCGCAUCCUCAUUUGAACAUUUCAGACAUUGAUGAAGAGGCAGAGGAUGAAAACAGUGAAGAUGAUGAAGGUGUUGAUAAUGGAAAUGGUGAAGUGUAUGAGGUUGAGCAUAUUUUAGACGUCUGUUAUGGAGAUCCUAAUGGUAUUAAAAAGCCUGGACUAUACUUCAAGAUACAUUGGAAGGGCUAUGGUGCAGAUUAUGACACAUGGGAACCUAUAGAUGGAUUGAGUGAUUGUCCACUAAAAAUAAAGGAUUUUGUGGUAAAUGGAUUUAAAGCGAAACGUUUCCCUUUGCCUGGGGGUGUUGAUGUUAUAUGUGGGGGUCCUCCUUGUCAAGGAAUUAGUGGUUUCAACCGUUUUAGGAACACAAAGAAUCCUUUACAAGAUCCAAAAAACAAGCAGCUUAAAGUGUUUAUGGACAUGGUUGACUUCUUGAGACCAAGAUUUGUUUUAAUGGAAAAUGUUGUUGAUCUUUUGAAAUUUUCAAAUGGUUUUCUUGGGAGAUAUGCUUUAAGCCGGCUUGUAGGGUUGAAUUAUCAAGCACGGCUGGGCAUGAUGGCUGCUGGAGCAUAUGGACUUCCACAAUUUCGCAUGCGUGUCUUCAUGUGGGGUGCCCUGCGGGGAGAGAAAUUGCCACAGUAUCCAUUGCCAACACACAAUGUUGUUGUGAGAGGUGUUAUUCCCACUGAGUUUGAGCUAAAUACUGUUGCAUAUGAUGAAGGGCAUGAUGCCAAAUUGAAGAAAGAGCUCUUUUUAGGGGAUGCAAUAUUUGAUCUUCCUCCGGUGGAGAAUAAUGAGAAGAGGGAUGAUAUGGAAUAUGUUGAUAAACCUGGGUCUGAAUUCCAGCAGUUUAUAAGGCUUGGGAGAGACGGUUUGCUUGGAACAGUGUUGCAUGAUCACCGUCCAUUACAAUUAAAUGAUGAUGACUAUCAACGUGUCUGUCACAUUCCAAAAGCCAAGGGAGCAAAUUUCAGGGAUCUGCCCGGUGUUAGUGUGGUAGACAAUAAAGUGCAAUGGGAUCCAAAUGUAGAGAGGGUAUACUUGAGUUCAGGGAAACCCUUGGUUCCUGAUUAUGCAAUGUCAUUUGUGGGCGGAACUUCCUCAAAGCCAUUUAGAAGAUUGUGGUGGGAUGAAACUGUACCCACAGUUGUGACAAGGGCCGAACCUCACAAUCAGGCUAUUUUGCAUCCGCUUCAAGAUAGAGUCCUUACAAUCAGAGAAAAUGCUAGGUUACAGGGCUUCCCUGACUACUAUAAGCUGUGUGGCCCUAUCAAAGAAAGGUACAUACAAGUGGGAAAUGCAGUUGCAGUGCCAGUUGCAAGAGCUUUAGGGUACUCGUUGGCACUGGCUUUCAAAGGCUUGUCCGGGCUGGAGCCAACAAUUAGGUUGCCAGAGGGAUAUGGUGAAAUUGCUGCUGCAUUAGUAGAUCAAAUGUCUCCUGCUGAAGUUUCCCAGUGAUUUAAUUUUUUGUUUCUUGUUUGUUGUUGCAGUAGUGACCAAUGUUUGCUUAUUAUUUGUAACAUUGCAGAAUAUUUGGAUAUUUAUGUGUAACAUUAUUGUGCUGAGUAUGCCAUAAAUAUGGCAAUUAAUGUAAACUAUUUAUUCUAAAUAAGAUGCAGACUGGUAGUGUAGUGAUCUUCACUCAAAAAA